AUGCUCAACCCCACCGGAAGAAAACAACCCGUUAAAGCAUGGCCAUUUGUAAGCAUUUUUCGGGACAGGUGCGGCAUUUUCAGUUCUCACCCUAGUGAAUUUAAAGACCGUGUCAGGCAUUUCAAUAGUUCAUAAACUUACAUUUAGCUUGAAAUACGCCCAACGACACUCUGUAAUUCGCAGCAUUUACGUUUCUGGCACUCUCAAGUGCCCCACUUGAAAGGGACCACUCGGAAAACUCCAAUGCUAAUUAGUGACCUCCAUAGAAACGUUAUAAACGCUAAUCUGAGGGACCGGCGACAAGGUUUUUGGGUAUUGUUUUGAAAUUUAUAUACAAGGGGAUGUGUCAAAGGCAUGACGCACGGAUUUAGCAUGAUACUAGGGCUAUUUCAAGGUGCUUUCUACAUUAUUUUUUUUGAGUUGGCUUUUGCGGGUUCUAUCAGUCUGUCGGGAAAAUAAUGUGGGCUGAUCGCGCCGUCGAAUCACCCAUUCCAACGGCUAACCGCGGCUGGAGGCUUGGUACGAUCAGGCCAGACACUUUGCUGCGACAGGAGCACAUUAUUUUCCCGACAGAUCAAUAGUCAAUAAAAAUUGAUAAAGGGGAUCUUUAGUCAUCAUAAUUUCCGUUGACGUCCUUUUGUUUUUUAGGCUAUGUGCAACCCAGGAUUUUUUUCUUGAUGGUAAUUGGAAGUUGUUUUGUUUUAGUCAAACUUUCAAAACCUUACACUUUUCUGAAUCAAUUUACCGCCUAUAAAUUGUCUAUACGUCUUAUAGAAAAAGAUUUUAUUCAAGUGCUCUCUGAAUUUCGUUAUGACAUACACCUUUUUUGAGCAGAGUGACAUUUUAUACGACCAAAUGUGUUUUUUCGAAAAUUUUUGUUUUUAACGUAUAACAUGUCACCUAUGAGUUUUAACAAUCCAAUGAAUCAUCACAGGCCGUUUCUAUCCUGUUUUGUGAAUAAAAUACUGUUUUAUACGAUCAAAAGUGUUUUUUUUUUUUGAUUCUACUUUCCAUCGUAUAACAUGGCGCCAGAUUUGUCAAGAACUUCUCUGACUGUCACAAAGCGAUUUUAUUUUUUUUUAUGUAAAGAAUGUUUUUUUUGCAACCAAGUAAGUUGUUUUCAUCAGGCUUUCGAGAAAAUCCUUGGCUCCGCUAAAGCAGGGCCAUUUAGAACAUGACAUUAAGAUUUUUAUUGUUCUAAUUUCAUUUCCCAUGCUUUCUUGCUUCCGUCCUUUUUCAGCACGGUUACCAUGCAAACCUUAAAUUCCUUUUUUGUAGCUGUCAUAUUGCACGGGUAUUUUUUUAUCAUCAUUUAGCCCGACUUUAGUUAGGAUUACAUGAAAUAGUCUGCCGGGAUGGGAUGCUAAAAAACCAACGAUGAGCUUUGCGGAUCAAAUGUGAAAAUCCCAAAAAUUUGAAGCUGUAGGUUUUAGCUCGCGCUUAGCAGUAGCAGCCGAGAUAUCGAGCCAUCAUUGCCGCCGAGGGAGUACGCGAAAUGCGGAGAGCGGUCAGAGAGAAAAACGUUUUUUCCCCUAUCAUGGCCAGUUCCGUACUGAAAUUUUUUUUGUAGAAACAUUAACCUGUACAGUAGAGAACGGUAUGAAACUUGUCAUGCCAAAUUUCACAAAAAAGCGUCAUAUAAGAGCGAAGGAAUAAGAAUUUUUUGUCGAGCUCGAGAAUGUUUGCUGGAUUCGCUACCAAUUUCAAAAAGUAGCGGAAACCUCAAUUUGCAACCUCCAAAAAAGACGUCGGAAGCAAAUCGGCCAUUUUGCGACGGCGCAAAAUUGGGAGGUAGCAAAUCGGCCAUUUUGCGACGGCGCAAAAUUGGCAGGUAGCAAAUCCAUGGAUUUGCGACGUCCCAAAACAAGCCCCGCCCCCUCAAUUUUUCAGCCAUCACGUUUUGGCUUUUUUGACGGAAAUACACCGUUUAGGGUGAAAAAUUUAGCUGAUAAAUCGUACAUUUACGAAAUUAUGAAGAAAAAACGUCCCUCUUCAUCUUUAUAAUAUUUAUAUUAAUAAAAGACGUACGUUUUCAUGUAAAAUAUGCGGUUUUUCCACAAUAUUGUCUAAAUACGGCCGGAUAGUCGAUGGAUGAGGCUGAAGAACAUUUGUUUUUUCCACAAUAUUGCCCAGAAAUGGCCGAAAAGUCGAUGGAUUUGGUUGAAGAACAUGACCGUUUACAGAUCUUCCUGGAAAUCGAAAUCAAUAUAAAUUUCCUUCUGAUUAGAAAAAAAGCCUUCUGUUACCUCAUAGUUCAUGUGUCUAAUCCAAGAAUCGAAACGGACAUAAUGUUGAGCAAAAAUACGGCCGACUGGAGUGAAACCGAAUUCCAGGCAACAAUUUAUUACCUAAAAACAGAAUAAUAAUACUUAAAUCAAAUCUUACCUCCUUUAGCAACUACCACACGGCUUUUCCCUUGUCCGAUUUCGUUGUUUCUGCCUCCUGAAAACGAUUUGUAAGACUCUUGCCACGAAUAAUAUAAAAAAAUUGGAAAUCUCGUCUAAAGUCAAAAAAUAAUAACAAAACAGCUUACCAUGGCCAAAAAACGGUUGAUUUGAUUGAUAAGGCCAAAGACAUCCUUGUUAUUGGACCUAAAAUCCGUUCUCGGACUGCGUGGCAUUUCGUUUUCACGGGCCGCGAAAACAUUCGCAACUUCAUAAAUUCUUUUUUUCCUGUUUUCUUAUGUUUCUUUUUGUUGAAAUUGGCCAAAUAGAUGCAGAGAAGCUGAAUUAGAAGAUAAACCGGCUCAAGGUGAUCGCCAUAAACAUCGGGGACGAAAUUGGCGGACAAACAAGGCUUUUUGACCCCAUGGUAAGCUGUUUUUUUUUAUUAUUUUUUGAUUUUAGACGAGAUUUACAUUUUUUUUUCUAGGCAAGAGCCUUAUAAAUCGUUUACAGGAGGCAGAAAUAAUGAAAUCGAACAAGGGAAUGGCCAAGUGGUAGUUGCUAACGGAGGUAAGAUUGGAUUUAAGUAUUCUUAUUCUGUUUUUAGGUAAUAAAUUAUUACCUGGAAUUCCGGUUUCACUCUCGUCGGCCGUAUUUUUGCUCAAAACUGUGCCCAUUUCGAUUCUCGACACAUGCAAUAUGAGGUAAAUGAAGGUGUUUUUUUCUGAAAAUGAUAAGGAAAUUUUACAUUGCUUUUGAUUUCCAGGAAGGUAAUUUGGCGGUCAUGA